GUAAGACCGGUGUGACACAAUGCUAGUGGUCUGGAAAAGUACUACACGGUCGUUGUUUUCCAAAUAAAUUAAUCAUCCAAAGAGUAUUCUCAAAAGUAGUGCGGUGUUGUCAGUCAGACCGGUGUCAAUGCAAUAACAGGCGAAACAAGUUUGGUUUUGUCUGUGAGGGGUAUUAUUAAAGUUACUAUCGAAUACGGAAUUCAACUUACAUGUUCAUGUUAAACAGACGUGGACCGCAUCCCAUUAGAAAGCCUUGAGCAGGAGACAGCACAGUUAGCAUCAUGUCACACAACAAACAGGAAUACCAAUAUCAUCUCAAGAAAAAAGACGAAAAUGGAGAUAAAAUCUAUGAAGAUAACAGUGAUGAAAAUUUGUCAAGCUCGGAUGAAGACGAGAAUAAGGAGCGGGGUAAUUGGUCUCGGAAAAUGGACUUUGUUCUCUCGUGCCUGAGUUAUGCUGUUGGACUUGGAAACGUGUGGCGAUUCCCCUACGUCUGCUACAGGAAUGGAGGAGGUGCCUUCUUGAUCCCCUUUGUUAUAAUGCUGUUUGUGACGGGAAUACCCCUGGUGUAUCUGGAGAUGUCUUUUGGACAGUUUGCCAGCAGUGGCGUCGUGUCUGUGUGGAAAGCAGCGCCACUCUUCCAAGGUGUGGGCUGGGCCAUGUUUAUCGUGUCGGUGCUGAUUGCCAUAUAUUACAACAUGAUCAUUGCCUACGCCAUCUACUAUCUGUUUGCAUCCUUGCGAUCUGUGCUUCCCUGGUCAGAGUGUGGAUUGUGGAGCUCCGAAGCCUGUGUAAGAGAGAACAUUACGGAGAAGAGCAACUGUACGCAGUACAAUGGAACCUGGUGCAACAACUUUUGCUACCACCAGACUGAGAUGAACACAACCGCCUGGGCAUCAGUUGUCAACUGCUCAAAGAUGGAUGUUAUAUCACCAAGUGAUGACUAUUUUCACUCUGUAGUGCUGGACAUCUCGGAGGGUAUCCAUGACAUGGGCUCACUCAAGUGGCAGCUGACCUUGUGUCUACUACUGGCCUGGGUACUCAUUUGCAUCUGCCUUGCCAAGGGAAUUAAGUCAGGAGGAAAAGCAGCCUAUUUCACCGCAUUUUUCCCAUACGUUGUUCUGAGCAUUCUGCUGGUACGGAGUUUGACUUUAGAGGGAUCUACGGACGGGAUCAUCUACUACUUAAAACCACAAUGGAGUAAACUGGGAUCAGCAAAGGUAUGGGGAGAUGCAGCCAUCCAGAUCUUCUUCUCUCUAUCACCUUGCUGGGGAGGCCUUGUCACUCUGGCCAGCUACAACAAGUUCCACAACAACUGCUUCAUUGAUGCUGUGAUCGUGUCAAUCAUGGACAGUUUGACGAGCGUGUUUGCUGGCCUCGUCAUCUUCAGUGUGAUCGGGUUCAUGGCGCACGAGCUCAAGCAGCCAGUGUCCGAGGUGGCCACUGAGGGGGCGGGGCUGGCCUUCAUUGUGUACCCCGAGGUAGUCACCAAGCUACCUAUCUCACAGCUCUGGUCCGUGCUCUUCUUCCUCAUGUUGAUAACCCUCGGGCUUGGAACACAGAUUUCCACAGUGACCACUGUACACACCACCCUAAUGGACAGAUUUCCCCACGUGUUCCUAAAGAACCAAACUAGGAGGCUGAUGUUGUUGAUAGGCAUCAGUUUGACCUGCUUCCUGAUUGGAUUGGCCUUCGCCACACAGGGAGGCAUGUACAUAUUACAACUAUUCGACAACUAUGCUGCCAGUUACUCACUUCUUGUCAUCGGCCUUGUGGAGUCCCUGGCAUUGGCCUGGGUUUAUGGUGCUGACCGGUUCCUGGGAGACAUAGAAUCCAUGCUCGGUUACCGGCCUCAUGUCAUAUGGGCCUGGAGCUGGCGGCUCAUAGCACCUGCUGCACUUACAUUCAUCCUGAUCUUCACCUGGGUGGACUUCAAGCCGACUACGUACCAGAACGAGGUGUUCCCAGGCUGGGCGGACGGGAUGGGAUGGGUAAUCUCCCUUAGCUCUAUCAUGGCCAUACCCGUAGUGAUGGUCUAUCAGAUAUACGUGCAGCGCAAGAACAGCAGAUCUACUAUCAUAGAGAGUAUAAAGUUCCUUACCAAGCCUACGCCAGACUGGGGCCCUAACAAGAAGGAGCACCGCGCCGAGCGUGCCGCCUUGGACAAGCUACCCCCGGACUCACUUGAGAGCACCGUGCCCCUCACCGGUGUCGGGAGAACAGAGGAGGUGAACGGUGGCACGGAGACGGCAGAGGUUUGAAUGAAACCAGAAUCUUUGAGUCUGGAUAUAUGUAGAGAUGCAUGGAGCUACCUGAAUUAAGAUCACAGCGGAUAAUAAGAAUAAUAUUAUCCUGUCGGUAAAUGUAUGUCAUCUCAGAUUAGUCUGUGAAGUCUGCUCAUGUUUAUCUAGAAUGCCUAGACUUUAAUUUUGUUAAGAAGUGACUUACUAUAAACGAAAAUAAUUAAAUGACAACAGAAAGUGUUGUCCCUGAUUAGCUCGUGCAACUUUAUGUGUUGUCCCUGAUGAGCUCGUGCUACUUUACGGGUUGUCCCUGAUUAGCUGUGCAACUUUACGGGUUGUCCCUGAUUAGCCUGUGCAACUUAACGGGUUGUCCCUGAUUAGCUGUGCAACUUUACGGGUUGUCCCUGAUUAGCUGUGCAACUUUACGGGUUGUCCCUGAUUAGCUGUGCAACUUUACGGGUUGUCCCUGAUUAGCUGUGCAACUUUACGGGUUGUCCCUGAUUAGCUGUGCAACUUUACGGGUUGUCCCUGAUUAGCUGUGCAACUUUACGUGUUGUCCCUGAUUAGCUGUGCAACUUUACGUGUUGUCCCUGAUUAGCUGUGCAACUUUACGGGUUGUCCCUGAUUAGCUGUGCAACUUUACGGGUUGUCCCUGAUUAGCUGUGCAACUUUACGGGUUGUCCCUGAUUAGCUGUGCAACUUUACGGGUUGUCCCUGAUUAGCUGUGCAACUUUACGGGUUGUCCCUGAUUAGCUGUGCAACUUUACGGGUUGUCCCUGAUUAGCUGUGCAACUUUACGGGUUGUCCCUGAUUAGCUGUGCAACUUUACGGGUUGUCCCUGAUUAGCUGUGCAACUUUACGGGUUGUCCCUGAUUAGCUGUGCAACUUUACGGGUUGUCCCUGAUUAGCU